AUGGAGAUGAGGAUGAUGAGCUGCGUUUCGUUUUCGAGUUCAAUCCCGAAAUCCGCACCCGCAAUUGGCUUGAGUUCGUCUUCAUCUUUGUGUUUGGGAAACCCGAAGUUGUUGAAUUCAGGAAGUGCAAGGGUAAGGGUAGUGGGGGUUAAGGGUGGGAGAAGAAGAAACAGAGGCCUCACUUGCAACGCCAUUUUCGGAUUGGGCGUGCCCGAACUCGUCGUUAUUGCCGGCGUGGCAGCGCUGGUUUUUGGGCCAAAGAAAUUGCCCGAAGUUGGCCGGAGCAUCGGCAAAACUGUGAAGAGCUUCCAACAGGCUGCAAAGGAAUUUGAGUCGGAGCUUAAGAAAGAACCUGAUUCCACAGAAGGCGACUCUUCUGAGAAACCUAUUGCUGUUGGUGAACAGGAGAAGCAGGACAAAGAGGUUUCAAGUUCUAAGGAGAGUGUAUGA